AUGUCGUACCCCGGAGUGCAACUGCCGUUGCGCUACUUCCCCCAGGGGGAUCCCUAUGCGUACCCGUCUCAACCUUCGGAUCAUCAAUUGUAUCGCAGGGGCGCGCACCCGCACUGCGUCAACUCCACGUCGGACCUGCUGAUGGUGCGCGAGGUGGCCAUGAUGAUUCUCAUGGAGCGCCUCACCGACAAGCCCGACUGGCACAAGAAGAUCUUUGACAAGGCCAUUAUCGACAAGUGGCGCGACGAGACCCUCACCCAGCCCGAGGACGCCCUCUACGCCCGCAUUGUCGACGGCAAGGACACCACCAAGAUCCCCAAGCCGCGCUGCCGCAUCAUGUCUCCCGCCUGCUUCGACUAUUGCAUCCAGGAGCUGAGAUGCAAGGCCGCCUUCUUCAAGCAGACGGGCCUGGUCUACACUCUCAACACGCGCGAGAACAACAUCAUCAAGUCCGACACUGUCGUUUCCGCCGACGUGCACAGUGCCCUUCGCGCCGCCUUUGGCAAGCUGCGUGCCGCCCAGGCUGCCGACCCGGACUGGCAUCCCUGGACCAACGAAGUCGUCCUGGACCUGGUGCACCCUUCGUUGUAUCCGUUUGUCUACGGCCAAACUAAAUUCAUCCCGGACGAGGCCGUCGGCGUCGUAGAUGCCGUCGACAAGUGGGCUAACAAGGGCGAGCCUGUUUCGAAAACACCACCCGUUGAUUCCUCGCUUGCCGGCUGGCGCGGCAUCCCCGAUAGCUUCUGGUCUGACACCUACCAGUGGCUGCCUGCCAAUCUCGCCUUCAACCCGGACGGCACCGUCAGAUUCACGAGCUACAUCAACAACCUGCACCCCAAGCGCCACGCCGAAAUCUACCGCGUUAUUGAGAAGCUCGUCGAUAUUGCCGUCCCGGCCUGGGAGUGUGCUCUGACCGGCGGGGUUCAGUUCAACGACGCGUACGACAUGAAGGGCUCGCCCGUGUCUCGGUUUGGCCAACCGCCCGAGGCUUGGGACGAAGACACCGACUCGCCUUCCUUCUGGGAACCACUCGAUCCCCAGCUUCUCGCGGCCACCGAGAAGCAGAAUGGCCCCUUGCCGUUUAACGAUUACGAACUGAGUAACUGCAUCAAGUACGGCAACUUCCCCGAGGGAUCGAGUGACCAGGAAAUAAGGGAGCGGGUAAUAGCUCAGCUGAAGUGGAGGGGUAUUCGCGAUCCCGUCCUCACGGAGCCCAUUGACUUUUCUCCCCUCGAGUACUCGUGCAGGGACAGGCUCGGCCAAAAGUUCAAGGAGACGGGGCUUCAGGUCAUCGUCAAGAUGGCCACCGUUGAGCUGACGCCCGACAAGCCCGAGUUCCCGGUGGGCGGCUGGCACAUUGAAGGCAUGAUGAACGAGCACAUCGCCGCCACCGCCCUCUACUACCUCGACUCGGAAAACGUGACGACGAGCUCCCUGUCCUUCCGCAUGCAGACCGACGAGGAUCAGGAGGAGCUGGUUGAGCGCACCGCCCAGGAUGACUACGAAUACUACGAGCGCCUCUUUGGCACUUCCCUAGGCCCAGGAAGAGGGCCCCCCGGCCUCUGCCUCCAGAACUACGGCGACGUUGAGACGUGCCAGGGACGGCUCCUCGCGUUUCCCAAUGUCUUCCAGCACCGCGUGUCGUCCUUCGAGCUAGAGGAUCCUACCAAGCCGGGCCACCGCAGCUUCAUUGCGCUGUGGCUUGUGGACCCGCACCAGCGCAUCAUUUCGACGGCCAACGUGCCGCCGCAGCAGCUCGACUGGUGGGCCAAGGCCGUUUUCGGGAGCUCUGGCACUGCCGCUGGCGAGCCCCAGUCGCCCGUCAAAGGCCAGAUACCGCCCGAGGUGCUCCAGAUCCUGCUCGAGCAGGGCGUUGGCAAGGGUCUUAAGCUGUCGGGCCACAUCCUGAGCAGCCUGCACGGCCGCCUCCCGGCCGAGGUCGUAGAUAUGGUGCGCGCCGAGGGCAAGCUGGCCGAGGGCCUGAUGACGCUCGAUGAGGCCAGGCAGCACCGCGUCGCGCUCAUGGAGGAGCGCAGCCACUUCCACCAGCGGAGCGAAGGCGAGUGGAACAAUACUGAAUACUCCUUCUGCGAGCACUGA